AUGAAUCAAUCGCACGUUUAUUUGGAGAGUAUUAAACACUUGGCGACCAAACACUGGGGUCUCGACAUCGCGGCCAACGGGUCGGGCGGCCAAACGCUGGUCCAUUUUCUCGCCCGACACUCGCCAUACGUGGGCACUCGCGUCCAACGGGUGCCCAUCCCUGACAAGUACGUGGCCUGGGAGGUGAUGUGGAUCGACUACGACCCGGUCGCCUACUCGAUGCCCAAAAUGGACUUUCCUUCGGCCCGGCAGUCGGUGGUCGACGAAGACAUACUGUUGCUGCAGGAACUGCAGGUGGAGGAAGUGAUCUCGAAGCUGCCUGUCCUCCAGUGGAACGCCCGGUGCGUCAAUCCCGCGGGCAUUACCAUCGAUCGCUUGUCGUGGAUCCGCACCGCCGACGCCGCCCCCGAUGGUAGCCAUCAGCACGUGCUCUAUAAGUUGGAUAACGGCAUACCGUUGAACCCGAUUGGCCGCACCGGUCUCAGAGGGAGGGGCGCUCUGCACCGAUGGGGACCCAAUCAUUAUGUCAUAUUGAUUAUCACCAGAUGGCAAUCGCUGAAGACGUCCAACAAUGUGCUCGAGUUUGUCGUGGAGAAGACCGAACGCCGGGACCAGUUGUCGCUGCCGUCGCGUUUCGUUGGCGGUGAGUGUCUAUACCUCGACUUACAGACACUGUUCAAAGCGGGCGACAACUGGACGACCAGCGCCGAGAUGAUCGACUUCUUCCGGGCGGCGGCCCAGCCAUCGGCCGCCACGUUUGCCGCCGCGGCCUCCGCUGUCCAAUCGCCGGUCGGUGGCGCCGAACAGGCGCUGGUUGUCGACCCGUUAACCGGUCUGUUGGGUCCGGCGGUGGCCGUAACGCCCGGCUUCAAGUACGAGAGGGUGACCGUCGGCUAUCUGGACGACCCGUACAAUACGGACAACGCGUGGAAAGAGAUGGAGUUGUGGCACAUCCACUACACCGACGGCGACUGUCUCGCGGAUCGCAUGCACUCCGCGUACUGUCACUGGCGAAAGCAUCUGAUCGUGGGCGAAAUGGGACUGGCGUUGGCCUUUUGCCUGGAGCUGUUGGGUCUGUACGGGUGCUAUCGGGAGUGUAAAAACAGCUUGCUAGUUUACUUGGCCCUCACACUGGUGUCGAUGGGACCGGGAUUUAUAUUUAUGCCAAUUUACACGUUGUGUUCGUCAGUGUUUUUGUUGAUCACUACCCUGUAUGCAGCAGUAGAUCAAAGUGAGCGACAGUUUGACGGCAUUGGUUAUGGCGUACAGACCGGUCAGACCGUACAGCGGACCAAAUCGGUAACAUAUGGCCAAUACUGUGAUCAUCGACAACAGCACAUACACGUAGAUCACCGGCAGUUGCUCUUUGAAUAUGGCGUUCAAUGCGAUCAACUCUAUGGCAAACAACAGGCAAACGGAUAUUCCUCCGGAGAGAAUUGCGACCGGGCCAGUUUUAUCUUAAUGAAAAUAUCACUGUCGCUCAUUCACCUAUCGCUCGGGUUGUCGCUAUCGGUUCUGGCCGUACAGGUCUUCGCCGGGUGCGACUCGUGUGGCAGCGACUAUGACUAUGACAUCGACACUAUCGGUCUAUCAGGCGGACUGACAAUAGCUGUCGCGGUGGCCAUGGAAGCGGUAGCCGUGGCCGCCAUCAUUGCCGACAGCCAAUCAACGCUUGUCGUGUACAACGUGGUGGCGGCCGUCGGACAGGUGGCCAUUAUUGUCCACUUCGAGACCGAGGCGUCGGUAAUGGGCGCCACUGUUAUCUCACUGACCGCUCUGUAUGGUUACGCGUUGGCCGACCGGACUCGUAGACUGGCGGCCGAGUCUCGGGUCCGGAAGGAAGAGCUGAAGGGAGAGGAGUCCAACAUUGCGAAGAAGGAGUGGGAAGCCGUGCAGACCAUCACCGAAGAGAUUGAACACGAGAAGAAAGUG